CUUUGCGUCUGCACCGCCAUUUAUACUCGCGUUCAUCAAAGCAUUGUAAUACAAUACUGAAAAGUGAAAAUCUUCCAUAGUUGCAAAUUGGUUCAUCAAAAUGCCUUCCUUCAAUCCCUUCUCUCUUCCCAUCGUGUUCCUUUUCCUGCUUAGCUUCCUCAGCCUAAGCGCUUAUGCAGCUGACCCACUUCAAAUUUUCUACACCUGUGCAAACCAUUCCUUCGCCCAAAAUAGCGUAUAUCCCUCCCGUCUCAACUCCCUCCUCUCUUCCCUCUCCUCCAACGCAACCGGCAACAUUGAAUUCUACAACACCUCCGUCGGCGAAACCACCUCCAACCCCGUCUACGGUCUCUUCCUCUGCCGUGGAGAUGUCGCUGCUGAAAUUUGCCGAAGAUGCGUGGUCAACGCAGUCCAAGAGCUCGCCACUAAGUGCUCAAGGGAAAAGGCUGCCGUUAUCUGGUAUGACGAGUGCAUGGUACGCUACUCCAACGAGUCUAUCUUCUCCACCCUGAUCAAAAGUCCUCGAGUUGCCUUGACGAACCCAACGAACAUCACCGAGCAGGACCGGUUUAACAGGCUAUUGAACACAACGAUGACCGAACUGGCACGCGAGGCCUCCAACUUUCCGAUCGGUGUUAAAAAGUUUGGGGUUAAGGACUUUAAAUUUUCCGAAUUUCAAAAUGUGUACAACCUUGUACAGUGCACACCGGACCUGUCCAGCACCGACUGCAAUAGUUGUCUUAAGUUCACUAUAAACGGCCUUCUUAUAUCUUAUGGUGAAAGGCAAGGGGCAAGAGGUCUCUUACCUAGUUGUAAUGUUAGGUACGAAGUGUACCCAUUCUACAAUGCACCCACGACGCCCGCGCCUGCACCAGGACUUGCUCCUCCACCUCCAAGCUCCGCAGCUGGAUCAAAAGGAAAAAACAAAAUCUCAACAGCAACGAUAGUUGCCAUUGCUGUUCCAAUUGCUGGAUCUGUGGUGUUAUUCAUUUUGGGCUACAGCUGUUUCCUAAUUAGGAGAACAAAGUACAAUGCUGUCGAAGGAGAAAUUGAUGCAAAUGAUAUGACAAGUACUGUAGAGUCCUUGCAAUUUGAUUUCGCUACAAUUGAGGCUGCCACAAACAAAUUCUCAGAUGAUCAUAACAAGCUAGGUGAAGGUGGAUUUGGUGCGGUUUACAAGGGUAUACUUCCUAAUGGACAAGAAAUAGCAGUUAAGAGGCUAUCGAGAAACUCUGGACAAGGAGGAGAACAAUUUAAGAAUGAAGUUGUAUUAGUAGCCAAACUUCAACACAAAAAUUUAACAAGGUUAUUGGGAUUUUGCUUGGAUGGAGAAGAAAAGAUACUCGUCUAUGAAUUUGUGCCCAACAAAAGUCUGGACUAUUUUCUAUGUGACCCAAAAAAACAAGAGGAAUUGGAUUGGUCAAGACGUUACAAUAUAAUAGGCGGAAUUGCUCGAGGAAUUCAAUAUCUUCAUGAAGAUUCUCGAUUAAGAAUUAUACAUUGUGAUCUCAAAGCCAGCAACGUAUUGCUAGAUGCCAAUAUGAAUCCAAAAAUUUCAGAUUUUGGCAUGGCAAGAAUUUUUGGAAUUGAUCAAACACAAGGAAACACAAGUAGAGUUGUGGGGACUUAUGGGUACAUGUCUCCAGAGUACGCAAUGCACGGAGAAUUUUCUGUGAAGUCAGAUGUGUAUAGUUUUGGUGUGUUAAUUCUAGAGAUUAUCAGUGGCAAGAAAAACAGCAGUUUUUAUGAAUCAGAAGAUGCUGAAGACUUCUUGAGCUAUGUUUGGAUACAUUGGAGGGAUGAUAGGCCCUUGGAAUUGUUGGAUCCAAGUUUGGGAGAUUCUUAUUCUCGAGAUGAAGUCCUUAGAUGCAUCCAAAUUGGCUUGUUAUGUGUUCAGGAAGAUCCAACUAAUAGACCUACCAUGGCUUCAAUACUUCUCACACUCAACAAUAGCUCCGUUACGCUACCAUUACCGCAAGAGCCUGCAUUUUUCCCCCGCACUGAUCAGUCUACAAGCAAGGCAACGCCAUGGUCUGUUAAUGAAAUGUCCAUUACUGAACUACAACCUCGAUAGUCCGAAUAAAGCAUCUACAACCUUUUGUUUAUGGAAUAUAAACUCAAGACGUACAGUAUGUUACUUAAGAGUUCCACGUCAAUCGUUUAUCUUGAAUGCUAUGUUCCAAUAUAGACUGAACAGGAAUAAA